GGACCAAGUACAGUGCGGUCUAGCAGCAGCAGGAGCAGCAGCUGCUCGGGCCGGCACCAGCUCUCGCUUUCCCGGCGGCCGGCUGGCUGUGACGUCAGCGGAGGCCCUGCUCACCACCACCUCCCCGUCAUCCCAGCCCGGGCGGACUUGGCUCCCGGGGGAAGGCGGGGGCGGAGUCGGGAGCCGCCGGAGCCGCGCAGCGAAGGGGGCCGAGUCGGCAUCAUCGGCAUCAGCUGGGGACGGACGGGGAGCUGCGGCGGCUGCGACGAAGGCAGAAAAUAGCUCCUCAAAAUGGAGGACGGGAAGCCUGUUUGGGCUCCACACCCAACAGAUGGAUUUCAAAUGGGAUCUAUUGUGGACAUUGGACCUGACAGCUUAACUAUUGAACCUGUAAAUCAAAAAGGCAAGACGUUUCUUGCUGCUAUCAACCAAGUGUUUCCUGCAGAGGAAGAUAGUAAGAAAGAUGUGGAGGAUAACUGUUCUCUCAUGUAUUUAAAUGAAGCCACACUCUUACACAAUAUAAAGGUUCGAUACAGUAAGGACAGAAUUUAUACCUAUGUAGCCAACAUCUUGAUAGCUGUGAACCCUUACUUUGAUAUACCUAAACUCUAUUCAUCUGAUGCUAUAAAAAAGUACCAGGGUAGAUCGCUUGGGACACUGCCUCCACAUGUCUAUGCAAUUGCUGAUAAAGCAUUUCGUGACAUGAAAGUCCUGAAGAUGAGCCAGUCGAUCAUUGUGUCUGGAGAGUCGGGAGCUGGCAAGACAGAAAACACUAAAUUUGUUUUACGGUAUUUGACUGAAUCUUAUGGCAGUGGGCAAGAUAUUGAUGACAGAAUUGUUGAAGCAAAUCCACUUCUGGAAGCGUUUGGCAACGCGAAGACUGUUCGUAACAACAACAGCAGUCGCUUUGGGAAAUUCGUAGAAAUCCAUUUCAAUGAAAAGAAUUCAGUAGUUGGUGGAUUUGUGUCACAUUAUCUGCUGGAGAAAUCAAGGAUCUGUGUUCAAGGCAAAGAAGAAAGGAACUACCAUAUCUUCUAUAGGCUGUGCGCUGGGGCUCCUGAAGAUAUAAGGCAGAAGCUGUAUUUAAGUUCACCAGAUACUUUUAGGUACUUGAAUCGUGGCUGCACCCGAUACUUUGCUACUAAAGAAACAGAUAAGCAGAUUUUACAGAAUCGCAAAAGCCCCGAGUACCUGAAACUGGGUUCCAUGAAGGAUCCUUUGUUAGAUGACCAUGGGGACUUCAACAGAAUGUGCACCGCAAUGAAGAAGAUUGGUUUGGAUGAUGAAGAAAAGCUGGAUCUCUUCCGUGUAGUGGCUGGGGUCCUGCACCUUGGGAAUAUUAACUUUGAAGAAGCUGGCAGCACAUCUGGGGGGUGCACCUUGAAGAAUAAAUCUUCUCAGUCCCUCGAAUACUGCGCAGAGUUGCUUGGUCUUGACCAGGAUGACUUGCGUGUUAGUUUAACAACACGAGUCAUGCUGACAACGGCAGGGGGCACCAAAGGAACGGUUAUCAAAGUACCACUGAAAGUAGAGCAGGCAAACAAUGCACGUGACGCCUUGGCAAAAACGGUCUACAGCCACCUCUUUGAUCAUGUGGUAAACCGGGUAAAUCAGUGUUUCCCAUUUGAGACUUCAUCUUUUUUUAUUGGAGUUCUGGAUAUUGCUGGUUUUGAAUAUUUUGAACACAACAGCUUUGAACAGUUUUGCAUUAACUAUUGUAAUGAGAAACUGCAGCAGUUCUUUAAUGAACGGAUUCUCAAAGAGGAACAAGAACUUUACCAGAAAGAAGGUUUAGGUGUCAAUGAAGUACAUUAUGUAGACAAUCAAGAUUGCAUAGAUUUAAUUGAAGGAAAAUUAAUAGGUGUUCUUGAUAUCUUGGACGAAGAAAAUCGUCUUCCCCAGCCAAGUGACCAGCACUUUACAUCAACAGUCCACCAAAAACACAAAGACCAUUUCAGGCUCUCAAUACCCAGGAAGUCCAAACUGGCUGUUCAUAGAAAUAUCCGAGAUGAUGAGGGCUUUAUUAUCAGGCAUUUUGCAGGUGCAGUGUGCUAUGAAACGACCCAGUUUGUGGAAAAAAACAAUGACGCUCUGCAUAUGUCUCUGGAGUCCCUUAUAUGUGAAUCCAAAGAUAAAUUUAUCCGACAGCUCUUUGAAUCCAGUUCUAACAACAACAAAGACCAUAAACAAAAAGCAGGAAAACUCAGCUUCAUCAGCGUGGGAAACAAGUUCAAGACCCAGCUAAACCUACUGCUGGAAAAGCUUCGUAGUACUGGGUCUAGUUUUAUUCGCUGUAUCAAGCCUAAUUUAAAGAUGACAAGUCACCAUUUUGAAGGCGCCCAGAUCCUCUCUCAACUCCAGUGUUCAGGUAUGGUUUCCGUUUUGGAUUUGAUGCAGGGUGGCUUCCCAUCCCGAGCUUCAUUCCAUGAGCUGUACAACAUGUACAAAAAGUAUAUGCCUCCAAAGCUGACCCGGUUGGAUCCUAGACUCUUCUGCAAGGCACUCUUCAAAGCUCUUGGGCUAAAUGAAAAUGAUUAUAAAUUUGGAUUAACCAAAGUGUUCUUUAGACCUGGCAAGUUCGCAGAGUUUGAUCAGAUCAUGAAAUCAGAUCCAGAUCAUCUGGCUGAAUUGGUUAAACGAGUCAACCAUUGGCUAAUUUGCAGUCGUUGGAAGAAGGUUCAGUGGUGUUCGCUGUCGGUUAUUAAAUUGAAAAACAAGAUAAAAUACAGAGCCACUGCCUGCAUUAAAAUACAAAAGACGAUUCGUAUGUGGCUGUGCAGGAGAAAACAUAAACCACGCAUAGAUGGCCUAAUCAAGGUUCGCACACUGAAGAAGAGGCUAGACAAAUUCAAUGAAGUAGUGAGUGCUCUGAAAGAGGGAAAACCAGAAAUGAGCAAUCAAGUUAAGGAACUUGAAUUGUCUAUUGAUGCUUUGAUGGUCAAGAUCAAGGCCACCGAAAUGCCUAGGCAGCAAAUACAGAAGGAGUACGAUGCAUUAGUCAAAAGCUCAGAACAGCUUCUGAGUUCAUUACAGAAAAAGAAGCAACAGGAAGAAGAGGCAGAAAGGCUGCGGCGUAUCCAGGAGGAGAUGGAAAAAGAAAGGAAGAGGCGUGACGAAGAGGAGCAACGUCGGAAGAAGGAAGAGGAGGAAAGGCGACUGAAAUAUGAGAUUGAAGCAAAGAGAAAGCAGGAAGAAGAAGAGAGGAAGAAGAGGGAAGAGGAAGAAAGACGGAUUCAGGCUGAAGUGGAAGCUCAGCUGGCAAGAGAGCGCGAAGAAGCCAGCCAGCAACAAGCUGUUCUGGAGCAGGAGCGCAGAGAUCACGAGCUGGCCAUGAGAAUUGCCCAGAGUGAAUCAGAACUCAUCAAUGACGAAUCUCAGCUGGACCUAGGGCUGCGCAGACCUAAUGGAGCGAGCUGUCAAAUGACUGCGGAGCAAAUGGCCAGAGAAAUGACAGAACUUUUGUCUAGGGGAGCUUCAGUUCAAGCUACCAAAGCUGCUGCUGGCACUAAAAAAUAUGACUUGAGCAAGUGGAAGUAUGCUGAGUUACGUGACACAAUCAAUACCUCCUGUGAUAUUGAACUGCUGGCAGCUUGCAGAGAAGAGUUCCACAGACGGCUAAAAGUUUACCACGCUUGGAAAUCCAAGAACAAGAAGCGCAAUGCAGAAACGGAACAGCGUGCUCCCAAAUCGGUGACAGACUACGAUUUUGCACCGUUUAUGAACAAUGCAACCCAACAGAACCAAGCAAGUCAGUUGGCUGCCAGGCAGCAGCAGCAGCAGCAUCAGGGGACUGAAGUGAGUCGGCAGCAGCGUUACUUCCGCAUCCCCUUCAUCCGUCCAGCCGAUCAGUACAAAGAUCCCCAGAACAAGAAGAAGGGUUGGUGGUAUGCACACUUUGACGGACCGUGGAUCGCCCGUCAGAUGGAACUUCAUCCUGAUAAGCCACCUAUCUUGCUAGUGGCUGGUAAAGAUGAUAUGGAGAUGUGUGAGCUGAACCUUGAAGAGACCGGUUUGACUCGCAAGCGUGGUGCUGAAAUAUUGCCGAGGCAGUUUGAAGAGAUUUGGGAGCGCUGUGGGGGAAUCCAGUAUCUCCAAAAUGCAAUUGCGAGCAAGCAAGCUCGGCCUACUUACGCAACUGCCAUGCUGCAGAACCUGUUGAAAUAAAUAGUUAUUUUUGCACCUUUGCAUUUGGUGUUUUGAGAACUUCUCCUUCCUUAAUAAUAAAGGGAACUGGUUCCUCUGGGCAAUAGAGGACUCUUAAACAUUCCGUAAUCAUAUAGAGAUAUUUAAUAUAAACAGAUUUUAUUAACGUGGUGGUUUUUAAUUUGUACUCCUGAUGUUUGUGUAGGGAAUCCACUAGUUCAUUGCAUCUCAGCAUUUGUUUCAGUGAAAUAUGGUCUGCUUUUGUUCAUACUCUUAACUCUUCUGUAUACUGUACCAUCUCUCACAUUAAUAAUAUUGUGAUGUAGAAUAAUCUACUGCCUGGUUCAUAACUAUGAUGAACUAUGUUUUCUCUGCUUCUUACAGGAUCUUUCCUUUGUAAUACCUGAAAUGUUAGUUUCUUCAAGAUAGCGUAGGAUAACCUUCCUCAAUCCAGUGCCCGCCAGAUGUUUUCUACUGGAACUCCCAUCGUCUGCUGUAGGGAUGAUGGAGUUUGUAGUGGAAAAGGUCUGGAGGGUACCAGAAGGGGAAAGGCUAGUGUAGAAUAAAGCAUCUUCUGACUGGAAUUGCGAGGCCUUAGUAUUAACUUCUUUUGUUCAGAAGUUAAAGCAAACUUUUAUAAGAUGAAAACUUUAUGUGUGGAUUAUGAAAGCUGCUCUACAUCUAUAUAUACAUGUAUAGUCAAGAUUGUUUGUUUGUUUGGGGAAAUCUGUGUUAAAUAAGUGGUGAGAUUUCACAUACUGAGAACUAUAAAA